CAACACUUUGGAUUGUUGCAGGGGAACGUAAUGAUGAUAAUUUUGUAAAAAUGUAUAGAAUUUUAAUUUUUUUUUGUGUGUGUGUGUGCGCGCGUGUGUGUUCAGGGAGUGUAUUUAGAUUGUCGUCAGUGUCCUGAGUCUGUUUGGACUCUGCUGUUAUGAAUAACACAACACAGGCUGUGUCCUAUUUUAGGGAACAUCUACCUUUACAGACUCAACAUAUAAUCAUAAACAUUUUUUUUCCAGUUGGCAAACUCAUGAAGCUGAUAAUUGCGUUAGCUUUCCUGAGUUUAUUCAAAACUCGACAGGCUCAAGGAACUUUCACAGUCAUUAUUCGACCUGGUCUGCCUCAUCAGAAAGAGUUUGAAAGUUUUCGCUGUUAUUCUGAAUCCUCUGUAGGCCUCCUCAAGGCUAAUGUUAACUCCCUGUCCCUCAGACACAGCAAUAUUCUCGUUCCAGGGUCAGCACUCAGUGUAAUUUUUGGCUAAAUGUAAGCCUGUGAUUUGAUUCAAAGAUUUGAUUGUGUGUGAUUAAUGUGUUCAAGUCAGCACUUUGGGGAAGGGGAACACGCACAUGGUUUCAAAAUGAUCUGUAUAUGCAAUUUUCAGGUGUUUAUAUCAAAGCUCAUAUUUCACUCUCAGACUUUGCAGUUAUAAUAAAAACCUUUCUUCAAAUGUAUCACAAAGGGGCUGUUGGUCAUUGAUCAGAUGUUUCAGGCUUUAAAAGUGUGGGAGCUGCAGGAGAAACUAGAACGACACUUCAAACAACACACAUGACUCACGGGAUGGGAUUUUUAAACAUUUGUCAUUGAGCUUCUCUGUGUGUUUUAUAGAGCUAACUGCAGCUGCCAGAUAUGCACACAGUUGACAAUUAGCUGCUACAGGAGCCAUAGCAAAGUUGUCUGAAGGUCAUUGUAAUGUCAGCAGUGCACUUACCGGCCUAAAAUUAGACCUAACAUACUUUGGCGUGCCUGGUUUCAUUUACACCUACUGUUCUGACUUCUUACAAAAGACUCCAAAGCUCUGCUGGAAAAGUGCAUCAUCACAGUGAAUUUCAAAAGUUUGCACUCAUCAUUUAUUAUUUACUACACUGGAAAGCUUUCUCUGAAUAACUUUGAAGACUAACGAGAGAAACCAAAAAUCCACCACCUCAUGGAAGUUAGCAGUCCGUCUGCCAUUAGUCUGCACUGGCUUGUGAAAGCGGCAUCGGUGUGCUUUAUGUGAGCAUGAGUACCACGGAAAGACUAAAUGCAGUCCAUUUGGCUCAGACGGUUGAAGGGGGGCUUUAAGAAGCUCCAGCCUGAGUACUGAGCCUGGAAAUAAAGCAGACUGAACGUGCUGUGAGAAAUGCAGCUGUCCAUGGCGCCAAAUGCAAGCUGGCAACCGCUUAUAACUUAAAUUAGUUUUGGCUCCAACAGCUCAUUCUUAGACUGGAGAGUCCUGAAGGAGAGAACCGGAAAAGGAGCUAAAUGAUCCAAGUGAUAGAAUAGAAAGGUCCUGGAGUGGGACGGGUGUCCUUUUCCCAGACAAAAGCAAGCGAGGCAGACUCCACAGAGAGGGAGGACGAACGCGGGUUGAACAACAUGAAUCUAAAGACAGGAAACUCCUCAAAUGGCUUCACACCAGAGAUCAGUUUGGAUAAACUACACCGGAUGGCUGCAGAGCUGAUACUGCCUGGACGAUCCAUCUUGAGGCUCCUGAACACUGUUCUGGAGUUUGUUACAAACUUUCUGGCCCGAGUUUUAGGAAGCAGCCUGAUCAGGAGACACUUCCACCUGCUGCUGUCUGGGUUGGUCCUCUUUGGGCCUGUGCUCAGCUUCUGGGUAUCAAAGUAUAGCAUCUUUGCAAACAGCAACCACUACCUGUACAGGAAGUUCCUGAGGUCCACUUGGGGUUGGACCUGCAUCUUUACGGGCGCUUUCAUCAUCCUUCUCUCCCUCUCAGUCCGUCACUCCACCUCUCUUUCCCUCCGCCACCUCUCUCGAGUAGGCCUCACGGGUUUGCUCUGGUGGAGCUGUCAGCGCCUCCUGACCCUGCUGGAGGAUGCAGCGGGGACCUGUUACGAGCCCAUGACCCCAGGCCAGGACGGCCAGAGCCCGGCCUCUCCAGUACAGCCUCUGCUGCUCCUGCAUGAAGACCAGAACAAGGCCUCCUGCCUGAAAGCCCACAUGCUGUGGCGAGGCUACGAAGUCUCCCAGGACGUCCUCAUCCUCUGCUUCUGCUGUCUGCUGCUUGUCGAGGAAAUGUGUGUCUUUGGUCAUCACUUGGAGCGACAAAAGCCUCUGCAGAGGUCACCCGGGACCCCGCUGAGAGUCGUCUUCCUCCUGUGUGUUCUUCUCCUCCUUGUUUGGAUGUUUCUGCUGCUGUGUUUGCUUGCAUACUUCCCAAAGUUUCCCUCCCAGCAGCUGGGUGGAGCUCUGGGCUACCUGGGGUGGAGAGGACUCUAUCAGGGAUUGUAUAGACUCGGAUCGAGAUGGGGUUGUCCUGGUUUGCCCAGAGAGGGACUUUCUACCACGGUGCACACCAACAAACAGCCUUAGUAGUGUGGCACGCUUAAUGAAAAUGGUUAGAUUUUGGCACUGAAAUGUCCUUCAAAGCUCAGGAACAAACUUCCAAACCCUCUUUUAAGACUGCAUGCUGUAAAUGUGACAUCACGUUAAUAGUUUGCUUUCUUUAGAGGUCAAAAUUAGUCCAAAAAGAAGCUUAGAAAUCUCAUUCAGACAAAGUAAGUGAGAAAAACUGCUGCUUUAUUGUGUAAUCUGAACCAAAAUGCAGGCACAGUUAGAAAAAGAUUUCUGGGAGCAGGUGUAUCAUUACUUGAUGAAGAGUGUCAUUCUACACUGGUUGUUGCUUAUUAAAAAAAAAAAAAAAAACGAGCCUGGAGUCUGCCUCAGUAGAUGAGCGCUUUCCCAUCUCCUCUGGGUCUCUUAAUCUUGUCAAAGUUCUUGUUAAUGAUGUCAAACAACACAGCCUGGAGAGAGAAAUAAAGACACAGAGUGUGAUGCAGAAGCAGGAUGAUAUAGGGAAGACAGACAGUUUACAGGGAGUCAUAAAAGAGAGGGACGUCCAGAUAUGGAGCUGUAAUCACGUCAAACAGCUCCUUUCAUCAUCGCCCGCAACGCCUUGUUCAUUAGCGGCAUCAAACACGGGAGGACAAUGGCCGAAGGAAAGAGACGAGCUGAUUAAUGGACGGGAGACGGAGCGCCAAUCAAUUUAACACAAGCACUGCAAUUAGUUUAAUUACCCUCCUAUUAAGAAGGAAUGGAUUCCAUUUAAGCUGCCGCUCCCGCCGGUGGACACGACAGGCAUAUUUUACACCCAAGCCGCUCAAUUUAAAAUACAGAGCAUGAAAACAGCAGAUGGUACACGGAGUGUGGAUCAUGAGAUUCAGGAUACACGCAGUCAGAGAGGGCCAACUGUAAGCAAGAGGCAGUGGGUGUCUUACGUAUGUAUUGCGGAUGUCCAAGACCACAAGGCGGAGCUCGCAGUAUUGAUAUUGGUCCAGCUCGUGGACCAGCUGUCUGUAGUCUCCCUGCAGCAGAAAACCCACACCACAAACAGCGAGCGUAUUAGCAAAACAAUGUGUAGUAUGAUAAGCACAUGACACAACAGCAACUAAUUUAUGCAGGAGAGAUUGUCCUCAUAAGUUUUUUUUUUUUCAGCGCACCGGCACACAUUUUUGUCAUUCACACAUUAAUAUGCUGAUUAGGAUGCACAGCGGGAGACACUGACCACGUGGGGCGACUUGGAGGCUUUGGCCACAGCGUCACCCCUCUCAUUGUAAUACCUGCCAAAACAAGGAGAAGAGAGGAGUUAUAGUACCACCCACCUGUUUUAAAAUAGCCCCCAGCGUUUCGCUAAAUGUCACAUCCAAUGCCAUAUUCAACACAUCAGUCUGGUUUUUAAUAAAAAGACAAAGCAGAAGACUGCCUCUCAUUAUCUCUGUUAAGAUUUUCUCACUUUUAAAUGUGGAAUUGAAGCCUUUCUGAUUCUGCUUAUAUCUAUAUGACUUUUUUUCUGUUUGACUUCACUAAAUAAAGAUGGACGAGACCCUC